CUUGCAGAUAAAAACCUAGAGAACGCGGAGGAAGCCGCAGAGCAGUUCAAGUUAAUUCAGGCAGCGUACGACGUUCUCAGUGACCCCCAGGAGCGAGCUUGGUAUGAUAAUCACAGGGAGGCUCUGCUGAAAGGAGGAGUUGAUGGAGACUAUCAAGAUGAUAGUUUGGAUCUGCUGCACUACUUCACUGUUAGCUGUUACUCUGGAUACGGGGAUGAUGAAAAGGGAUUCUUUACGGUCUAUCGACAAGUUUUUGAAAAGAUUGCAAAAGAAGAGAUGGAAUGUAUGACCCAGGAAGAUACUGAAGCAUUCCCUAUGUUUGGAUAUUCUCAAAGUGAUUAUGAUACGGUAGUCCACCCUUUCUAUGCAUAUUGGCAGAGUUUCUGUACUCAGAAAAACUUUGCUUGGAAAGAAGAAUAUGACACACGAAAAGCCUCAAACCGCUGGGAGAAACGAGCUAUGGAAAAAGAGAACAAGAAAACAAGAGAUAAAGCAAGGAAAGAGAGGAAUGAGUUGGUCCGUCAGCUAGUAGCCUUUAUUCGUAAAAGGGAUAAAAGAGUACAGGCUCAUAGAAAACUUGUAGAAGAACAAAAUGCAGAAAAAACUAGGAAAGCAGAGGAAUUUCGGAGGCAGCAGAAGCUCAAACAAGCCAAGCUUGCCGAGGAGUAUAAAGAGCAGAGCUGGAUAACUAUGUCAGAUCUGGAGAGGGAGUUGCAAGAGAUGGAGGCACAAUAUGAAAAGGAAUUUGGAGAUGGAUCAGUUGAUGAAGAUGAACUAGAAGUGCAGGAGACAAAAGGCAUUGAAGACAAACCAAAUGAUGAGGCUGAAGAAGCUGAAUUUGUUGAUGGUCUGUACUGCCCUGCUUGUGACAAAUUGUUAAAAACUGAGAAAGCCAUGAAGAAUCACGAAAAAUCAAAGAAGCAUCGAGAGAUGGUAGCACUUUUACGACAGCAACUGGAAGAAGAAGAAGGGAAAUUUCCAGUAUCUUUGGAUGAUGCAAAUGGAAUACAUACCAAAGAGGAGGAAGAAACAGAAGACAUGCCCAAACAGAAACUCUCAAAGAAGGAGAAGAAGAAACAGAAAACAAUGAUGACUUACGAGGACUCUUUUGAUAGAAGUGCUGAUGAAGAAACAGUUGAACAAAAGGAGGUGCCUUGUGUGGGCAAGGACAGUGGCUCAGCAGAGGAGUUGGUAAAUGAUGGCCAAAGUUGUGCAGUGUCAGAGGACGCAAGUGCUACAGAAGAUGUUGGCCAAGUGAAUGAAGCAAAAACUGCAGUGAAAAGCAGUAUGAAGCCUAAAGGGAAAAAAGCCAAGGAUGCAAAGAAGUCAGCUAAGGCAUCUUCAGAGCACCCAACAAUGAAUGAAGUUCCUAUCCACUGUGUAACCUGCAACUGUGCAUUUCCAUCCCGAAAUAAACUGUUUGAACACCUAAAAGCUACAGGACAUGCAAAAGCAACACAAGCACCAGCUGUAAAUGGAGCUGUAAACACCAGAAACAAAAAAGAGAAACGUAAAAACAGAUAG